GGCGGUGGCAGAAGAGGUGGAGGCGUUGGAGGGGGUGGAGGAAACGGCGGUGGCUGCAGGAGAAUCGACGUCAAACACACGUCGCUCCCUGAUGGCAGCAGCGGCAGCAGCGGCAGCAGCGGCAGCAGCGGCAGCAGCGGCAGCAGCGACGAGGCCCAGGCCGGGCCCAAAGCCAAGAGAGCGGCGGUGGCUUUUGGGAGCGGCGACCGCCCCCUUAUGAAGGAGGAAAAGGAUUCUGGGAAAACUGCAAGGGCUUGUGGGAUGGAGGACGUCGGGACGGCCUCCGGUAGUGAUUGCGGCCUGGGCCGGAGCGGGGCCGGAAACCGCAGCAGCAGCAGCGGUGGCGGUGGUGGUGGUGGUGCUCGCUUGAAGCAGGAGGACACGGAGACUCUCCAGGAGGGCGGUGACGCACCAGACCAGGUGGAAGAUGCGGCGAGUGGAGGGGAGGUGCCCGGUCGGACCUUGAGACGGAGACCCCAGCCGUGCUUCCACUACCAGGCGGGCGAGCCCUUCCACUUCCGACCGCGCAAGCAGGACAUCCUGUGGCUCAUGAAGCACGAGGCCGUGCCUCGGGCCCGCUUUCCUGAGCUGCGUGCGCCGCCCUCCCCCGCGUUGUCCCUUCUCGCCCAGGAGAAGCGGCAGAAGCGUAUGGCCACAGAGCCCUCGGGGGUCCGGUUCCGGCCUCGCCGUUCCGUCUCCAGGCCGCCGUUGGCGUCGCUCGGCACUCCGCCACCGCCUCCCGACGAUGACGACGCCGACGACGCCGACGAUGACGACGCCGACGACGACGCCGACGACGACGUCACAGCAGUAAACCCCGUGCCAAAACAGCCGCCGUCACCGCCAGAUUCGGACGCCUUCCCGGAGGACACGGGGCGCCCGCCCGAUCCCGCGGAGGGCCAUCGUCCGGAACGACCGCGAGAACGGUCGCGCGUCACUUCGUUGGCGCUGCCCUCCCAGCUGCUGCUGAUGAGAGCGCAGAUCGAUUUUACACCUCCUGCCCCCCCUGCUGCCGCCGCUGCUCCUCCUGCUGCCGCCGCUGCUGCUGGUAGCGCCGGCGCGUCUGUCGGCGCUGCUGCUGCGCCGACAGCUCCUCCCUGCGAUCUCCGCGAGGAGGAGCUGCCCCACGUGUGCACGGCGACGCGCGCCGGCAAGCCGUCUCCUCCGCUCCUCCCGCUGCUCGCUCCGCCGCUGCUGGUGCUCAAGCGCGACUCCUCCUCCCCGCCGCCCGUGACGCCGGCGCCCCUGCUGCCCAUCACGGCGAAGCUGGAGUUCCCCCUACCCGGCGAGGCACCCGCACCGCCGACCCCCGACCUCGUGUUGCUCGUCCCGUCCAAGAAGCUAUCGCCCUCCCCCAGCGACGGCAAGGCAGUGAGGGCCGAGCUCUCCCCGCCGCCGCUGCCGCCGGCAAAACCGGACGGCAAUCGGCCUCGCCUGCCCACGCGUCUCCUCCCGGCCGUCGUCAAAACCGGCGCCGGUGCCAGGAAAAUGUCGGUGCCCUCUCUGAAGCCGAAGCCCCGGGCGGUCGCGCUGUCGGAUGACGAUGACGACGACGACGGGUGCGAUGGCGACGACGACGAUGGGGCUGACACGGACGACGGUGACGCGGAGGACGAGGAGGACGCGGCGGGGGAGGUGAUCUCGGACGUGAGCGACGUGCUGGUCCCGCCAAGGGGCAGUCCCGACGUGGAGCCGCUCAGGGUUUCGGAUGGCUCGGCCGCCCCGGAUGCCGAGGAUGCGGAGCGCGAUGCGGCCAAAACUCCUGGAGAACAGCAGCCGCAGGAGCGCGGCUUCGCCGUGGGCGAGCUCGUGUGGGGCAAGAUCCGCGGCUUCUCGUGGUGGCCGGGCGUCCUCGUGUCCUGGGAGGACACGGGCCAGUGCUGCGCCGCCGAGGACACGCGCUGGGUCUGCUGGUUCGGGGACUGCAAGUUUUCGCUGGUGGCCGUGGACAAGCUCAUGCCGUUCAGCCACUUCAAGGAGAACUUCAACCAGCAGACCUACGCCAAGAAGCUUGUCUACAGGAAGGCCAUUUACCAGGCCCUGCAGGUGGCGAGCCAGCGCGUCAACAAGGUGUUCCCGCAGCCGGAGGAGAGCGACACGGAGCCCGGGCUGUCGUUGGAGGAGCGCAUCUCUCCCAUGAUGCACUGGGCCAUGAGCGGCUUCCCCCCCAAGGGAGCCAAGGGGCUCGUCCCUCUGCCUGAGGAGCUGGAGUCGAGCAAGCGCAAGCUGCAGGAGAUCCACCUCUUCGCUGAGGAGAAGCGUCGCUCCGCCAAGCGCCAGAAGCUGUGCGCCGCCAUCGAGUCGCUCGCCCUGCUGCCUCGAGAGCAGAUCAUACAGGAGGUGCAGGAGGACAUCCGGACUAUUGAGGAGAUCUGCCUGUCGUGCGGCAGCCCUCGUAUCUGUGCCCAGCACCCUCUGUUCGAGGGAGGGAUCUGCCAGAGCUGUCAGAUCACCUUCAUGGAGUGCGCGUACCAGUAUGACGAUGAUGGGUACCAGUCCUACUGCUCCAUCUGCUGUGGCGGACGAGAGGUGCUGAUGUGCGGCAACAUCAACUGCUUCCGGUGCUUCUGCGUGGAGUGCGUGGAUCUGCUCGUCGGCUCCGGCACGGCCAAGACGGCAAUCGAGGAGGAGCCGUGGCGCUGCUUCAUGUGCCGGCCCUCGCUGGCCACCUGCGGCCUCCUCAACCCGCGGCCCGACUGGCCCGCUCGCCUCCAGCACCUCUUCUCCAACACCCACAGCCAGGAGUUUGAGCCCCCGAAGCUGUACCCACCAAUCACGCCAGACCACCGCAGGCCGAUCAAAGUGCUGUCCCUCUUUGAUGGGAUUGCCACAGGGCUGCUGGUGCUCAAGGAACUGGGGAUCCGCGUGGAGCGCUACGUCGCCUCCGAGGUUUGCCAGGACUCCAUCAACGUGGGGACCGUGCGUCACGCCGGAGACAUCACCUACAUUGGGGACAUCCGCAACCUCACCUACAGCAACCUGCAGAAGUGGGGCCCGUUCGACCUGGUGAUCGGCGGCAGCCCUUGCAGCGACCUCUCCAUCGUCAACCCCGCGCGCAAGGGCCUCUACGAGGGCACGGGGCGACUCUUCUUCGAGUUCUACCGGCUGAUGAACGAGGCGAAGCCGCGCGAGGGCGAGGAGCGGAUCUUCUUCUGGCUCUUCGAGAACGUCGCCGCCAUGGGCAACAACGACAAGCGCGACAUCUCCCGCUUCCUCGAGUGCAACCCAGUUAUGAUCGAUGCCAAAGAUAUCUCAGCCGCCCAUCGCGCCCGCUACUUCUGGGGGAAUCUUCCGGGCAUGAACAGACCCCUGGCGGUCACUGCGGUGGACAAGCUGGAGCUGCAGGAUUGCCUGGAGCACGGCCGCACGGCCAGGUUCAGCAAGAUCCGGACCAUCACCACACGCUCAAACUCCAUCAAGCAGGGCAAGGACCAGCACUUCCCGGUGAUGAUGAACGGUCGGGAGGACAUCCUGUGGAGCACCGAGAUGGAGAGGAUCUUCGGCUUCCCCGUGCACUACACGGACGUGUCCAACAUGAGCCGCAUCUCGCGCCAGCGGCUGCUGGGCCGCUCAUGGAGCGUGCCCGUCAUCCGCCACCUCUUCGCCCCGCUCAAAGACUACUUCGCCUGCACGUCUUGAGCGUCUCGAGCGGGCAUCGCGCUCCAUUCCGCCCCACGACGGCCCCCUCCACGGUUAACCCGGGCCGCGCACGUGCGUGGUGUCGGGUGGGCGAGUGGAGGAAGGGGGGGGGGGGUUGGCCAGCCCGUCAAGGUUCUCCGUGGCCUCCGCGGCCACCACCGGCCUCCCGCUGCCGCUGCCCCCCCCACCCCCCCCUCUCUCACCCACCCCACGCCGCCACCGUCCAUCAGCCGCCGACGCGCCGUAUUGAGCGUGGUUCGGGGCCGCCCGUUUUUUGUCGAAGGGGAGACCAGGCCCCAGGUAGGCUUCGUGCAAUAGCUGAGUUCGUUCGGCCGACGUGAGUUUGUGCAAUCUGCAUUAACGGAGGGCAUGAGCCGAGUCUGAGAGGAUUGCUCGGCAGGGUGGAAUGGAAUGGAGCUCAAUUCCUGCUUAAACGUGACAGAUUGUUGCGAAAGAAGGACAUGUUCCAUCGCACGGGUGGAUUUGAAAUUUUCUAAAGGAGGACAAAAAGAAUCGUAAUUGCGAGGACCUUUAAAGAAUACAAGUGUGGUGUUCCCCAGGGCCGGUACUAGAUGAAGGGCAUUUGGUGGGGCUCUGCACCACCAAAUGCCACUUUGGCCCCCCAAGUUCACUCCCCUUAGCGGUGCAUCACUGUUAUGGUGUGGCUCCUCCACACAGCCGCUUUACUGAGCCUCCCCCACGUCUAUCGGAGAGAAGUUGAAGCAGGCCCUGUCUCUUGCAGGUUAGGCCGUGUGUUGAGUAUUUAGGUUUUUUUUUCAAGCUUUCGCCAACGCACUACUGGGGGGGGGGGG